AUGACAGACGCCAUUUCAUCAAUACAAUCGCUCCUGGAAGUACAUCACUGGGACAGUGAACAGGAGUUGGAGUUGUUCUCAGCAGACUUCAAAGACGCGUUCCACAUGUUGCCCUUGUGUGAGACAGAGCGCAAGUACGUGGUGUACAAGAACGGUCGUUCGCAAUAUCACGUGUCAAAAGUGGUAGUGUUCGGCCUGACUGCGGGGCCAUUACUCUGGGCACGGCUGGCGAGCGCCGCGAUGAGGUUGGCUCAAGCAACACUACACAAAGGAGAGGGCGCUUUGGCUUGCUAUGUGGAUGACCCACUUUUAGCAGUGAUGGGACCCAACAAGCUUGCUAGGAUGAGAACCUUUUGUGUUUGCGUGGCUGUUUGGCUGGCACUGGGGCUGGAAAUUUCAUGGUCCAAGGUCAGCCAUGGCAGAUCCAUCAAAUGGAUCGGAUAUGAGGUGGACUUGCAAGGCUACCAAUAUGGUGAUGUGGUGGUGAGGCUCGCACAACCGAAAAGAGAGAAGUUGCUGCAAGUCUUUGAGGACAUGUUGGCAUGCAAAGGAAUGAUUCCACUCCGGCUGCUAACCUACGCCACAGGAGUCAUCGGUUGGGCAAGCAGCGUGAUGCCAGAGGUGGAUGCUCUACGGCCUGGGCUGCAGAAGGUCUUCCGCUAUAGGCCCAACGACCCAUGGGUGCUCAUCCAGACGGACGCAUGUCCUACCGGAAUGGGAGCAUAUCUCAUGAUAGCAGGAAAGUUUGCAGCAUAUUGGCAUGACAGUGUCACAGCUGCGAACCUAGAGUUGUUGGGAGCGACAGCGGGAGACCCUGCAUUCCAAAGCGAAUGGGAGCUGCUAGCGGUGUGGAUAUCAGUUGAAACGUUCAUGCCUAUCUUGUCUGAGCUCGGUUGCAACCCACGAAUCUUGCUUAGAACAGACAAUGCAGCGACCAUUUCAGCAGCCAUGGACUACAGAGCAAAGUCGCCAUUGAUGGUGCAGUUGGCCGCUGAGAUUAGCAUGCAGAUGGAAGUUCAUCAGUUGUCUCAACUUCGUGCAGAGCAUGUACUGGGGAUCAGCAACAAGAUUGCAGAUCAACUGAGUCGGAUGCAAACGCAUGAUUCGGUGCCUGGUCCGCUGCGCACGGCGAAGUGCUUGGAGGAAUUGCCUCCAGCAGUAGUGGCCGCUAGAAGAGCGUUGGGGUGGACCGAAGAAGAAAUUUGGAAUGGCAAAGAGAACAUUGAACCAGAGUGUGACAAUACAGGAAGGGCACCUGUCACCCCAGUGGAGCCAUGCCUAGAGCCAAUGAGGCUGGUGACGGAGGCGGGUGAAGUGUUGACGAAACGUCGUAGGAUGGGACCAUGGGUGCCGGGGGAAGAACGAGGGAAACCCAACAGGGGUAGCUCUCAACUGGCGCUUCAGAUCGCGUCCAAUCCCGCUAAGAAAGAUUUGGCGGUGAAGCAAUUUGGGAGUCUCACCUUAGCUCUGACGACGCAAAACACCAAAGAGUCCCUGUUCGCCUUGUGGGAGAAAAUCUGCAGAAGAUUAGGGCUGGAAGCCUUGCCAGUGACAGACCAGAGCAUGGUGGAGGUGGCAGCAGUGUUGAGAGCAAGCGGAUACAAGGCGGUGACGGCCUAUGUGCAGGAAGCAAAGAUCCGGCACAUUAGAGCUGGAUAUGUUUGGGAUAACAAGCUGAACAUGUUAUUUGGGGACGUGAAGAGAGCAGCCAAGCGCGCACAAGGACCAGCAGUGAGAGCUGAAGAUGUGCGCUUAGAAUGGUGGGCUAUGCUGAUGAACCGCGUUGGGGAAAACCCUGAUCGUGAGGAGCCGUCAACGUGCCCCUUUCAUGUUGGGAAGAAGCUGGUGGAACUACAACUCGCGAGGUUGAGGGUGCGGACACAGGCAGGAGUGACGGGUAAAGAUAGUUCAAAUGUGGUUUGGCAAUACAUUGAAGACUCAUGGGCAGAGUGUCCACGAGCGGAUAUGCAGAUGUCAGAUGUUCUCACCACGUGCGACUUAGUGACAGCUGCUUUGAAUAGGGUCGAUCGAGUUGAAGAACACCUGAGGCGCGCGGAAGAGAUGUUAGAAGAGCAAGUUGAGAAAGCAGUUCCACCAGAAUGGAUUGUACAGAACAAAGAACAACUGCGAAAUGAAAUUAGGAAGGCCAUGCGACCGAUUGCAAUAAUCAGUGGCAGGUCGAGCAAGAUGCAUGCAGUGAAUCAAGCGAGCUGUGUCAACGGAUGGCCUUGGAUAGACGCAGCUUGCCAAUGCAAGUUGAUCUUUGAAGAAGACGAGAUGGGUGACCACCUGGAAAGAUGUGCAAAGUGUUAUCCUGGGGCGAUGUAA